CUUUGAUCCGCUCCGCCAGUCAGCGCAGAAGAAGAGUUUUAGCGCGGGGAGUUUGAUUCAAAGCUAACGGCUACAAACAGUUAGCAUCAGCGCGGCUCUGCUCUGUCAGCCCGGAGUCAUGGAGGCAACUCAGAGCCGAUACGUUCACCUGCUACAGCCAAUCAGAGAAUUAACCAAAAACUGGGACAUCGACCUGGCGUCUGAGCUCAACGACUACUUAGAUGAGCUGGAUGAGAUGUGCAUCACCUUCGAUGGAGGAAAAACCAGACUGAACUUUGCAGAAGCUGCUCUGCUGAUCCAAGGAUCAGCCAGCAUCUACAGCAAGAAGGUGGAGCUGCUGCACAGUCUGGUUUUCCAAACUCUGGAGUUCAUCAGCGACAGGAACAGGAAACGGAACAAACAGGCAGCAGCGUCUCAGGACGACGACAGAGCAACAGAUCACCACGACCAUGGCAACCAGGACGAAUUCAGGCCUCCGAAGCUGCAGGAGUCUGAAAAUUCUGAGACUUGUGACUCUAACAUGAUGGUGGAGGUGAUUCCUCUUCCUCCUCAGUCUCUGAUUCCUCCUGAAACUCGUGAGAAGCAGAAACUUCCUCUGAUCAGUGUGAAAGGCGACAUCGUUUGCAGUGUGAAGGACUUCAAGAUCAACCUGUUCAUCCCCGGAGACGAAGACAUGAUUCUGCUGAGGCACCGAUCGACCGUGGACAGGUUUCUGAUGCUGCAGCAGAAUUCCACAGAGUUCCACCCGCAGCAGCUGCUCACAGAUGCUGAAGCUCCGGUUGGUGGAGCUGAAGCUGAAGGAUUUGAAGCUGAAGAUGUUGGAGGUGAAGCUGCAGAGGACUUCAUGGAUGUGGAGGAACACGUCGACCGACACCAAGGCUCAGCUCCCAGUGAAGGUCGGAUGAUCAGAGAGAGACGACAGAUUGAAGCCGACAAAAGGAAGAAGAUGGACGAGGUUCAACCUGAAGAUGUUUGGACGCUUCAUGACGCCUACGCUGUGCUGGACGGAGAAAAAACGAUAAAAUUAGGAAAGUGCUACAAGGUUCCUGAUGGUCUGGAUGACGGAGGGAAACGUAAAAGAAAAGCAGCUUCUGCUCUGCAGGACUUCAGCAGCUGGAUCAGACGAACCUAUGAUCCGUCUGAACACAAACUGAAGAAUGGACCCAAGUUUACAGACCUGAACUACAUUUAUUUGAACACAAUGGAACAAAGACUGAAGACUCAGAGGAGGAUCAACAGAAGGGCGGGUUUGGUGGUUUCUGACGACGACAUGAGGAGGACGUUCCUGCAGAGGGAGGGGGCAGGGCUAAAUGACCAGGGGGAGGAGCCUGUGGACAGGUUCAUAUCACCUGACCUGCCAGGUGGAGACGACGAUAACUUUGAUAACUUGGAGGUUUUUCCUGACGAAGGUGACGGAGGAGCAGACUUUAUUUCUCCUGAAGCUCAGAGAGACGAGCUGAGUUAUGAAGAUCUGGUGAUGCUGCGAGUGGAGCAGCUGGUGGCCAACAGUCAGGCCUACACUCAGGAAACGGCUCUCUCCCGACGGGUCAAAGACUGGGAGGAGAAGAUCCGACCUCAUCUGCAGCUGCAGGAGGAGCGUCCGACGUUUGACAUCCACGACUACGGAGAUCGAGUGGUAGAGUCUCUGGGCGCCAUCAGCCAUCGGAGGUUCUUCUCCUCCAUCGUUCAUGGUUUGGAUCCAACAGAGGUCUGCAGGUUCCUGCUGGCGUCACUACAGCUGGCCAACGACUUGACGGUGCAGAUCGACAGCGCUGCAGGACUCGAGGACAGUUUGGACACGAUGAGUUUGAUUCUCCUCAGCACUCAGAGAGCGACAGACCGGUUCAAGACUGACCGACUCCAGCUGAAGAUCAGUGAUCCUGCUGCUCCUUCAUUCAGGCCUGUUGACCUGUAAUCCUCAACUAAAAUCAUGCUGUUUGUCUCCAUGGGACCUCCUCAGUCGUCCUAUAAUCUUUUUAAAUAUCAAUAUUUUUAAUAAACAUCCAUGUUUGCAAGAGCUGUGUGGCUCUUUAUAAAAACACUU